AUGGUUUUAUCUUUACUCUAUGUUCCAGAUAGUUUUAUAUUCGUUUGCAGGAACGACCGAGAUUACCGACGGUGUGUUGCUGCUUGGUUGGUUGAGGGAGUGUACAUUCAGGAAAAUGAUGGCCAGCAGAAUCGCCAAGGUACUCCUCCCUGGUGGGAGUCUUUUGGUUUUCAGUUGAUCCGUCGGCUAGUAGAUGUUGACUCCAUCUUUGGUGCAAUUUAUGAGAUCAAACCCUCAGCUUCCCACUUUUUGGGUGUGGCCCCAAAAUAUGUUAUUGCAUUUCGAGGCACAAUCAUCAAACCAUGCACUCGGCGUGAGGAUCUCAAGUCCAAUUUCGACAUCUUUCGCAACAAACUUCAAGAGAACUCCCGCUUUCAGAUUGCAAUGGACGUAGUUCUAAACAUGGUUGAUAUGGCUGGAGAUGCAAACAAUAUCUGGUUAGCUGGACAUUCUUUGGGGUCAGCCAUGGCGCUGCUCGUUGGAAAGAACAUGUUUAAGAUGGGCUAUGAUAUUGAAACUUACCUUUUUAAUUCACCAUUCAUUUCUCUUCCAAUAGAGCAGCUGUUCGAGAAUGAUAAGGCCAAGAAUGUGUUACGCUUUGCAAAAGGUGUCGUCACGGCCGUAGUUGCUGUUACUCUGAAAGAUCCUCAACAAAGGCGUCAAGAUUAUGAAAAUUUUGUUGAAUUAUCUAAAUGGGUCCCCAACCUGUUUGUGAAUCGUUCUGAUCCUAUCUGCUCAGAGUAUAUUGGGUAUUUUCAAAACAGGAGGAACAUGGUGAAGUUUGGUGCUGAACGUAUGGGAAUACUUGCAACACAGAAUUCAAUAAGUGGGAGGGAAUCAGAACUACUUCUUCCGUCAGCAUUUCUGACUCAAAAUCUGAGCCCUUCCGAGAAUUUUAUACAAGCCCAUGGAAUCCGCCAAUGGUGGAACCCAUUUCUGCGCUCGCAUUCCGAGCUACACAUAUUCAAGUUCAACUAG